UAAGCAUGGCGCGGGUUGUGUACUGGCUUGACUCCCUGCUCUCCUGGACCCGGAGGUAACAGCGGAGACAUCGUGGGCUUCUCACCGACAAACAGUGACAGAGUGACGGUCGGAAAGAGAGCGAGAAACCGGCCAUGGACGGCGGCCUGACUCGGAGGGAGGCGGCCCGUCCGAGGAGGGUGUCCGCUGCCGCUGAGCUCGGAGCUAACGCUAGCCUGCAAGAUGGCGAGGUAAUGGAGGUUCACCCAGCCAGAGACGCUCACCCUGGUCCGGACAGGAUCGGUGCCGCUGCUGCUGGCGGGAGGAUGGAGAGGAGGAACUCGGUAACGCAGUCCAUCCACCAGAGACACAUGCCGAUAGACCCGCUGAAGUUCCACAUCCCGAAGAAAACCAAGGAAAAGAGAGCUCUGUUUCAUUACGUCUCCACUGAGUCCAGAGAGUUUGAAGACAUGAUGACCAUCCUGACCUCCAGUUACAUCGACACCACCUCUGCCGGAUCCUUCACCUACAGCAAACCCCGACUCGUCCAUAGCGAGCUGCUGGAGAAAGAGUUUGUGGAGAAGAGGAGGGAGAUGAAGGCAGAUGGGAGGACAGACAAGGAGCUGGAGGAGAGCUACUGUUUCCUGUUAGCUGAUACUGCAAAGGUGCAUUGUCUCUGUGAGAAGGGGCUGUUGUUGGGUCACAGCCGGGUCACGGUCCUGGGAAACCCUGCUAAAGGCGUCUACCUGUCCAGGUAUUCAGACCUGCUCCAGAUAAACCUCUUCACUCCUGGAUUCACAGGAGACAUCAUUAUAUUCAAAGUGAUGAAGGGUAAAGUGAAGAGCUUCUAUGAAAAUAUGAAGAACCUUCUGGAUCCAACGCCUCGCUUCGACAGCCACAUCUCCAAAAACAUCGGCAAAGUCACGUCCAUCAACGCCUACCGUGCUUAUGAACUUACACAGCAUUACUUCUACGAGUAUUCAUUCGAUGAGCUGCGGGAGAGACCGCGGCAGGUUUGUCCGUAUGCCGUUGUCUCAUUCCAGUUCAAAAGCAAAGAUUCUCUUCUACCCAGCAAACCUCUCACACCCAGCAGGUUGAACAGCCAAUCAGCAGAGGGGAGUAAAGAGCGUGCUCAGUUCACUGUGUGGAGUGGAAAUUUGGUGAAAGGUCACUGCGUCCUCUACCAGAUCUCUCUUUGCUCCUCUUCGCCGCCCCACCUUCCACACAGGCUACCAGAGAAGUUAGAAAUCGGUUCAGUGAUGAGUCUCGACCAGGCGACGGGGUUUCUCCCCUCAGACCUGUUCUCCUACAACCUCUACAGCAGCAGCCAAGAAGUUGUGAAGAGCGGACAUUACUGCAGCCUUCUGGAGGUGACCGACAGAUUUCGGUCAUCGACCAGCGUGACGAAGCUGCUGCAGGAGCUGGAGAAAAACCGGGUGGUUCUAGUGACUCCACUCACAGACAGAGGGUUUCUCUUCCUGCUUUCCAGCGUUCAGAUGGCCACGCCCCCUGAGAGAGGCGAGAGCUGGAAGAGGUGUCUUCAAGCCUUGUUUAUCUUUCCAGAGACCAGAGAUGUCGCCAGAAGUGCACAAAGACAUGCCUCUACUUCCCAUGAUACCUCUGUGUCGCAGAUAUUUGGGGGUCAGGUGAUGCAGAGGCUGAAUCAGUUCAUCCCAGCAAUGCACCAUUCCUUGGUCAAAGCCCGCGCCAACCCGCCUCCAGAGCUGUCUGCUGGUGUUGAACGCCAAGCGAAGGAUUACCUCAUCGGCCUGAAAGACGGCAAGGUACGACCGUACCCAAUGGGCGAGUAUGACUCAACACUGGAAGAAGGAGGAGCCCCCCCCCCCAAAUACCACCGGGUGAACCUGGACGGUUACCUGCGCUCUUACCUGUACAACCCAGCCUUCUACCUGCUGUCAGUGGCCCGGGCCAGGCAGGUGGUGGAGGCUCACUGUGGCCUUGAGGAUCCACGGGAGGCGAAGAGGAGGAGCUCCAGAGAUCAGAGGGAGGCUGCAGCAAGAGAGGCGACCAGCACUGCCAGAGACGAGAAGAACAACACUGAGCAGAUGCAGGAUCUGGUAGACCUGGUUAUUACAUGUAAGAGAAACGCAGAGAACGAGGUGAGGAGGGAGGAAGCAGGACGGGCAAAGACACCAGGGAGGAAGAGGAGACUGGAGCAGGCCGCGGCAGAGAGGGCAAUUAAACUCCUGAAGGCGUCACAGGAGCCUGGAGGUCCCAGGAAGAACCCAGUUGAGGGAAUCCCUGCUCCCGCCCCCCCUGGCUCCCUCGCAUCUGUGAUUGGCUCGCUGGGUUUGAAGGAUUUUGACUUGAGGGAAGAUGGAUCUGAACUGUCUGCAAAUCUCCUCAGCCUGCUGACAGGCCUCAGCCAGGCUGCACGAGGAAUAGCCAAUCAGAGCCCAGCUGAAAUCCAAGAGGAAAGUCAAGGUGAAUCGUUUCCAUUCGACAGGUUGGCGACGAAGCUUGGUCUGCCCACUAGCUGUGACAUCGACCUGAGGAGGCAGGACGAGUUAGAGGAGCAGAUGGCGGGCAGCAUCAGUAGUUUGGAAGGAUUCAGUCCCGGCUCCCACAGCGGGGAAAUUAAUCACACGAGAGUGAAAGCAGCAGGAUACGAAGAGGUGGAGGAAGAGUGGGAGGUCCCAUGGGUCCUCAUCCCCAUCACAGGUCUGAGCUCAGAGAGGUACACCCACAGAGACCGGAACAUCCCUCAGGACCCCCGCUUCCAGCAUCUCACUACAGCAACCGCCAUCACCAUGCCAACCAAACCCCACAGGAAGAGCUCCACACUGGCCCCGGAGCCCAGCCCUUCUCCCAUCCUGUCACACGCCCCCAGUCCUCCCCCCUCACCCUUCCUGAGUCUGUCUCCUCAGCCCAGCCCUCCCCACUCUCCGUCUCAGUGCCCGUCCCCUGAGCCCAGCCCGCCCCCCUCUCCCUCCCAGUGCCCGUCCCCACAGCCCAGCCCUCCUCUCUCCCCCUCACAAUGCCCAUCCCCUCACCUCAGUCCCCCCUCCUCCCCCUUAAGGUGUCAGUCUCCAGAGUCUAAUGAGCCCAGCUUGUUUGGGAAGAACCAGAGCGGUGCUAACGAGGAGCAGAUCGCCCCGGCGUCCUGGGCGUCUACAGGAGUCCUCAAGAACAGAGGAGAGGUUUCUCAAAGGACAGAAGAGACAGAAGACUGGUCCAUUUCCUCAUCCAUCCAUCCAUUUAUCGUUCCAUCUCCAGAGACGAGGAUACACCUUUUACCACCUCCGGCUGAGCAAGAGAAAGAUGCAGAGGGUGUAGUUGUGGAGCUAAGAGACAGAGGUGUAGAACUUUUAAAAGAGAAUAAGGAAACUCAGGUGUCCAUCCAGACACAGAAACAGAAAGAGGAAGCAAAAACCACACAGGAAGUGGAAAUGAUGCAGGUGGAAACUUGUGAUAACAAGCUGCAGGAAGCAGCCCAGGAGCUGACAGGAAGCACUUCUUUUUCUCCAUCUGUCUCCUCUCCGCCUCUGCCUCGUUCUCACAGAGGGAUCGACAACAUCGUGGACAAACAUCUGGGCGACUUCUCCUCUGACAUCCAGCUCCUCCUGCAGGAGGAGAGUGUCCAUUACAGCUGCCCACAGUCCCCGCACUCCACGUCAAACACAGACACGUCAGCACUCCCACACACCCUCACCACUCAGUUCUCUCAGUACGUGACCUUCUACAACCCCCGGCCCCCGGUUCAGGACUACGUCAGCUCCCUGCAGGACAGCAUGAACAGCAUGCUGACGAAGUUUGACGACGGCUGGCUGAGCAGCAGGACGGCCACCACGCAGACUAACACCGACGUCUCUUUGGAGAGCACAGUUAGUGCAUUUGUGUCCAGUAUAAGAGCAGCUAAUGUGAAAACGGACAGAGGUGAUGAUGAACUGACUGAUGCUGACUCUGGAGGUCAAGUCUGGCAGCCACUCACAAUCACCAAACAGUUUUCUGACGCAGGAGGCGACAGGAACUCCCCGACUUUUCAUGUCACUUUAUCUGAUUCUACCUCUGUGCCUGGUUCUGCCAGCACCGCCGUCCUCCACACUCCCCGGCACAGCCCCACAUUAGAGAUUACUAGAACAGUAGUAAACGACAUCAGAGAACCCCCGGACUCCAGCUCUUCUAGGACUGUCCUCUGUACCUCCAGUGCUGAGGGUACUAACUUUGAGGUGACUCUACCAGGGUUCAGCAGUGUCUCUAAGUCUCUGUCUGAACCAUCAAUCACGUCUGAGCCACUCUCCAGUCCAGCCAAUGAGUCCGUCCCUGGACCCUGCUCGGGUCCGGCACCCCCGGCUACGGCCCUGAGCUCCCUGAUCAGCCAGCUGCAGCCGGAGGUGUUCAGCAGCCUGGUGGAGAUCAUCAAAGACGUGAAGAGGAACUCGCUGCAGUUCUACCUCCACAUGAAAGAGCCAGGUGACCUGGUCUAUGAGGGCAUCAAGGAACAACUGUUGAAGCAGGGUCAUUUGCAGCAGCAGAGUCCUGUGGCCUUCCUGAACCAAGAAAACUCUGACAAACGUCUGCUAGUCAUCAUCAAGAACGAAGAAAUAUCUGGAAACGUGCACAAGAUCCCAGGCCUGGUCUCUCUGAAGCGUCAGCCCUCCGUCGUCUUCAUGGGAAUCGACACACCGGACGACGUGAUGAACAACAGCUUCAAUGAGCUUUUUGUUUCUGGAGGCUGCAUCGUGUCUGACGAGUUGGUCCUCAAUCCAGACUACAUCAGUCACAAUCGUCUUGAUGCUCUGCUGAAGCUCCUGGAGCAGCACAGCUCUCCAGAUAACAUGUGGAGGUGGAAGGUUCACUUUAAAACCCACAAGAAACUCAAAGAACAGGCAAGGUUCAGGAGAGAUGCAGCCAGCCUCCUGGAUCUGCUGUCAGCCUAUCAGAAGCGGCAGAUUGUUGAGUUCCUCCCAUAUCAUCACUGCGACAUGAAUGCCCAGCAAUCACCUGACAAGCAGUGUCUCCUGGAGCUGCAGUCCCGAUACACGCUGUACAGACACACGGUUUUCCUCACUGAGCGGAAUUUCGAGGAGUUACGAGCCUACUCCGAGUUUGGCAUCAUCGUUGCCAGUAUUGAUGAAAUCCUACACGACUUCCCAAGACUGGUCAGCGACAACAAGGACAAGCAGCCAAUCACAGAUGAGAUCAUGGAUCCCAAAGACCUCCUCCAUCCCGUCUCCUCCAUCGACCAGUCCCAUCACCUCCUCCAUCAGCCCAGCUCUGGCCUCAAUCCACUCUCUCGUCUGUCUGACCAGCUGGUCCCAGACGCCUCCUUUAGGGACGGCGUGGUGCUGCAGUCGGCCCCGGACUUUGAGGCUCUCCAUCAGGCCAUCUCUCAGUUACGGGCAGAGCGACAGGCACAGCUUCAGCAGCUUCAGCAGCAGCGUGUAGACUCCAAGUCGCUCCAGAGAUCCCCCCUAAAGUCCGCUCUGACAGGAGGCUUUCUCGCCAAUUCUCUUUCAGGUCCCACGGAGUCAGUCAAGAAAAGUCCAGGAAAGAAAGCAGUGGCUGCUACACUGGACUUGAUUCACUCUGAGCUGCACCCAGAGGAGGAGGAGGAGGAGAGGGGGGAGGAAGGAGCAGAAAGUCUUCCAGGAGGACAGAGAACAGGGGGAGAAGGAGGAGACCAGAGAGAAACAACUGCACUUACUUCACAUCAGAACUCAGCUGUGGGGCGAGGACCGACCAGUCAGAGAGAACCGAGCCACAACGGGAGAGAGACGGUAGAUCAACCAGUGGAACAAGGAGGCACAGCGUCCUCCAGUACUGUGGACUGUCCUGUAGUGGCUGUCAGGUCAAGAAAAUCGACCCCUGACCCUGAGCCUGUUGAAAACGUCACAGUGGGAUCUGUGGGAGUCACAGAGGUAACAGGAGGUAUGAACACAUUAACUGAGCCAGGGAACAAACCAAAUCCUGUACCGGGUGUCCAGCAGCCCCAGCAGAGACCAGCACUUGUACCAAGACCAGCUCAGGUGGGCGUCGGCCUCCUGCAGUCUCUCCAGCAUCCUUCCCUACCCCAUAUUAUCCAGGCUCCCCCCCACGGCCCCAUGAUGGCCCCACUGAACUCUUUAGGGGGAUUACAAGGCCUGCUGGGACCUACGCAGGUCUGGACUGGAGGUUUGGUGUGGGGUCUCCCACAGGGCGGCCGGGGCUUCUCUGGACAAGGACCUCUGGGGCCGUACCACAACUCUGCACCACGGGGGAGCAACUGGUACAGAGGGGGGCAGAGGGGAGGGGGCUUUAACAGAAUGUAGAUUUUUAUUACACCGGGAAAAGGAACGCUGAGGUUUAUGUGAGGAGGCGGAGCUUAAAACACACGAGUUCAUCAUUGAUCUUAAGAUCAGGAUCAUUUCUGAUCAUAAAUCCUGAAACAUCAGAUACAACAGAAAUCCAGAGGAAGCAAAAACCUUAAUUUCUAAACACUAAUCAGAUGUUAGGAGAGCUAAAAAUCUGAUUUUAAAACUUUUUAAAGGUGUCAGCCUUACUUCUGUGUUAGUAGCAGAGAUGCCCCUUCUGUUGUAGUUUAUUUUUAUUUGUCUUUCCCCAACAGAGAUCACUUUGUCCCACAUUUAAAGCCACUAAGAACAUUUUCUACCACCCAGUGGUUUUUAACCCUGUGCCAAGUUAAAUAAACAUGAUUGGCUGUAUUUACUUUUGAGACUUAGGUAAUGUUAAACCAGGGCUGUGAGGAGAUGCUGGGGAUGUUUAUGACCAAUCAGAAAACAGAAAGAAGCUUUUUUAGAUUCUGAGUAGAAAACAAACCUGCACCCUGACCCAUCACCUGUUCAGUCUAACCGCUAUCUGUUGAUCUGUGAUGUCUUAAAAAUUAAAAAUGCCAUAGAAGGAAAAGGCCAUAACUCUUCUUUGGGACAACUGAGAAAAAACAUGACACUAAGGGAAAUAUUGAACUUAUUUUCCAAGUUUUUAGGUUUAUUUGAUCUCACUCUGACCUCACAUGUGCUUUUAAAGUCUCUCUUUGAGACUGUCUUCUCUUUAAUGAACAGUCCGUCUUCUCUCCUGAUGCUUCACCGCAAAAACUCAAGUCCAAGCAAGGUUAUUUGUCAGAUUUCUCUUUAUUUAAAGCCACUUUUGUCUGAAAAGUCCAGAAAAAAAACACAAAAAUCAAAGUAGGUAUUACAAGUAGUCAGUAGUAUUAACUAUCAGUUAGGCCAGAAUUCAUACGGCGUCCGAUGCUAUUUGAUAACAUCAACACCCACAGUGUUAGCCCUAGCCUCCUGCUCAACAUUUGCCAGUUGCUGACUCCAGUGUUUUUUUGGGCUGAUGCAAAAAAAAAAAAAAAAAGAUCGAUUUAACUGUUGCAGGUUUUUGCAUGACCAUCGACACUGGCAGUACUGUUCCAGUGCAGUUGGCACAGUUUUAACAUUACAAAAAUAAAGGAUCAGGAAAAAGUGGUUUACAUGUUGAAAUGAGCAACAGCAUGUAAAAAGUGUCUUUUUGGAUGUUUGAGUUAGCAAUAAUGUCCAAUUAGGGUGAAUAAAAAGUUUGAUAAGGACCAGAAAGCUUUACCCUUUUUACCCCCUUAUAGACAGCCUAACUCACACCAGGUAACAUGGAUCAUAGAUUUUAUCUACUGCCAGCAAGACUAGAAGGACAGACACUGGAUUAUUUCAGAUUUCCCCAAAAGUCAGGAGUUGGAUAAGAGUUAAGCUAGCUGUGUAAUAAACAAGGUAAAACACUGCAGCAACACCAGCCUUCAUCGACUUGUGACACUAGGCUAAUUCUGUGUCAUCAAUGACCCUAUUAAGUCAAACCUGUAAACAGGAUCAGGAGCUCAUAAGCAGCAAUUUAUGCUUUUUUUGUGAUGACAUGAGCCGAGCAGCAGCGCUGAUCUCCGAGGGCGGUGUAAUGCUGUGAAAUUCUCCCUUGUCAGUUCAUCACAAAAACUGCUGCUGUUUGAUGCAAAACAUUCACUUACAAAGAGUGGGCUUAAAUCAAAGUGAAAGCAGAAUGUUGUAUAGAAAAUAUGAAAAACAGCAAGAGAAACAACAGAGAGGGCAAGUUUAAACAGUGAAAUAUUAAUGUAUUUGCAUUUAUUGAUAGGUAAUAGCAGAUUAUUUAAAUUAUCUUGGAUCCCUAAAACACUUGAAGGUCCUCAAAGUGCAGGAUCCUUUAAACUGAUGUGAAAUCUGUGAAGGAUGUUUAUUAUCAGAAAUCAUUGUGUAUUGUUCAUAUAUUAUAUCGUAUCGUCAGGCUGUGGAAAAUACCAGAGGGCAUUGUUGUGAUAUUGGCCGACGUGCCCACAGCUGUACAGACUACAAACAUUGUAGUACUCAUGCCUGGCCAGUAGUCAGCGCUGUUUCUGCCAUUGUCAUUGUAGUCUACUUACUUGUGCGCAGCUGUUCAUUGGAACUGUAAUGAGUGUGCAUGUCUCAGCUUUCAGUAGGAACUCUGUACAGGAAGUUUACAUGGAGAUAAAAACGCUGGCACAAGUUUGCACUUCAUUUUUAAAACUUUCAUUUCAAGGCAGCCAAAACAAAACAAACAGUUUCUGUAAAAUCUUUGUGGCUUCAGUCAAUUCCAGCCUUAUUUUAGCUUUAAUUUUGAAAUAUGAUGUUUAUCUGGACUUGUCUGGUGAGUGUGGUUUAAAAUGAGAGUGAGAUAUAUUCAGUGAGAUCUAGACAAAUACACUUGCUUGGUUUUGAAUUUUUCCAGUGUAUUCUGUGCUGAGAGGGUUGACUGAAAUAUAAAGGCGUCUUAAAUGCCCCUACACCUCGAAUCAUUUGUUCUCUACAUGCUGGGAAACGAACAGACUGGCUCUAGAAUUACUCCAGAAUACCAACAGAUUCAUUUCUAAGAAAGGAACUCCAGAGGAAACUCUAGCUUCUCUCUGACAAGGACGGCGAUGAUUGAAAGACUUUAAAAGAACUUGAAUUAAUAGAAGAGUAAAGAUGAACAGACUGCCUUACACGUCUUCCAGCGGACUCUUUGUGUCUUGUAAAAACAUUUUUGUAUUGAAUGUUUGCGUUGUCAGCCCUGGGAGCUGUUUGUGUUCAGUAGGAAAAGAUUCUGUACCAGACCACUUUUAACUUAAAACUCAUUUUAUGUUCUUUUUUUUUACAUCAGAUGAUUUUGUAUUAAAACUGUAUAAAC